AUUACAAAUAUUGUUUUAUCCGAAGUUUGAAAUAUAAAACCAAAGUUAGUUUCUAGUUGAACGUUGUCUGACAUACGAAUUACUUCAGUUUACGCAAUAAAUUUCAAAGGAAUUCGCCUCUUUGCACACCCCUGGUACAAAUUGUCUUUUUUGUUUUUAUUGAACACACUGUCAUUUGACAUUUGAAAAUUAGAUUAUUUCUAAAUUUGAAGUUUGGAUUUGAUUGCUUCUUGAUUCUCUGAAUUGAUUUUUAAAUAUUUUAGUAAAUAUGGCAACUAAAAGUGUAGCCACAGCUACAGUAAGGGCUGUCCAACGAAAGCUGUUACCUUCGAGGGCAGCUUUAGUUUUGACACCUGCUGCCACUAAGAGAAUAAAAGACAUUUUGAAAGAUAAAAAUCAAUACGUAGGGCUCAAAAUUGGGGUUCGUCAAAGAGGAUGUAAUGGCUUAUCUUAUACCCUUGACUAUGCUGAAAAGAAAGAUAAAAUGGAUGAAGAAGUUGUUCAAGACGGAGUAAGAGUUUUCAUUGAUAAAAAGGCUCAAUUAACAUUAUUAGGAACAGAAAUGGAUUAUGUUGAGAACAAGCUCAGUUCUGAGUUUGUAUUCAAUAAUCCCAAUAUAAAAGGAACUUGUGGAUGUGGAGAAUCUUUCAGUGUAUGAAGAAAUUGAAUAGUUUUGAAUUGAAUUGUAUCAUGUUGAUUCCAAAA